UGCAAGUGCAGUAGGCACGUGACGUGAUGUCACUCAAACUUUCGACGGCGUUCUAGCGCACAGGAGAAAUGCCCAGUUCGAUUGUGCUCCGUUCGUCUGGGGGAAUCGACAGACGUCGAUUCAGUGGUGUACGCACAUAAAAGCCUUGUCCGCGACCUGACAACCUUGCUUCAGGACUUAACCCAAGACUUCGACUAUGAAUUUGGACACCUUAACCGAAAGGUCACAACAGACAAUUGCUGCUGCUAUCCAACUAGCAAGAGAUCAUGCAAAUGCGCAAGUACAUCCUGCUCAUAUUGGAGCCGCCCUCCUAAAUGAGGGCACAGGACCAGACGGUGUAGUGCAAGGAGACCAGAGUACAGCAUCCUUAUUUGCAUCGGUCAUCGAGAAAGCUGGUGGCGACAAGGUUACCGUAAAGCGUGGACUCCAGAAAAUCAUCAUCAGAUUACCAUCACAGUCACCACCUCCAGAAGAAGUGUCAUUCACCGGAAUGGCAUUGAAGGUGCUGCGAGAGGCAGUAGAAUUACAGAAAACUAUGCAUGAUUCCUAUGUUGCGCAAGAUCACCUUCUUCUCGCUCUCAUCAAAGACACCACGAUCCAAUCUGUCCUCAAAGAAGCUGGCUUGACGGAGGCUGUUGUUAAGACGGUGAUUCAACAGAUACGCGGUAACCGGCGCAUCGAAAGCAGAAACGCGGAGGCUGGAUUCGAGGCUCUGCAAAAGUACGCAGUCGACCUAACAGCACUUGCGGAGGAAGGCAAGAUUGACCCAGUCAUCGGGCGAGAUAACGAGAUCCGCAGAGUUAUCCGUAUUCUGUGCAGAAGGACAAAGAAUAAUCCCGUUCUUAUCGGUGAACCUGGUGUUGGGAAGACCUCCAUUGUAGAGGGCCUUGCUCAGCGCAUCGUGAAUCGCGAUGUCCCUGCAUCCCUCCUUGGACGACUAUUUUCUUUGGAUAUGGGUGCCUUGAUGGCUGGUGCCAAGUAUAAGGGUGAAUACGAAGAGCGCAUCAAAAGCGUUCUAAAUGAAGUGGAAAAAUCUGUUGAACAAGGAAACCAGGUUAUCCUUUUUGUUGAUGAGCUUCACCUUAUCAUGGCAGGGCGAGGUGCCGAAGGUGGCGGCAUGGAUGCUGGUAACCUAUUCAAACCCCUCUUGGCCAGAGGCAAGCUGCGGUGCAUUGGUGCUACUACACUCGCUGAAUACAGAAAGUACAUCGAGACGGACGCGGCGCUGGAGCGAAGGUUUGCUCAAGUCAUCGUUAACGAACCAACCGUUGGCGAGACUAUCAACAUCCUUCGUGGUAUCAGGGAGAAAUAUGAAGUCCAUCAUGGUGUCAGAAUUCUUGACGGUGCGAUGAUUUCCGCGGCGACCUUAGCACAUCGCUACUUGACAUCUCGUCGAUUGCCGGAUGCUGCGAUCGACCUCGUCGACGAAGCCUGCGCAAGCGUCCGAGUCACACGGGAGACGGCGCCUGAAGCAAUUGACAAAUUGCAGCGACGCAGACUUGAACUCGAAGUUGAAGUACAUGCCCUUGAGCGCGAGAAAGAUCAGGCCAGCAAGGAGCGCCUCGUUCUUGCUCGCAAAGCUAUCGCAGAGGUUGAUGAUCAACUCCGGCCUUUGCAGGCUGCGUACGAGGCACAGAAAAGGAUUGGUGAUGAAAUUAAUCACGUCCGCAAACGGAUAGAUGAACUCAAGGCCAAGGCGGAUGACGCCGAGCGACGAUACGAUUUAGAGACUGCGUCGGACCUGCGUUACUAUGCUCUGCCAGAGCUGCAGAGUCGCCUUGAACAACUGCUAGCUAAGAAGGCGGAGGAGGAAACGAACGGACAACCAGGCUCUGACAACGUAACCCCUGAACAAAUUGCCGAGAUCGUGGCGCGCUGGACUGGCAUCCCUGUCACAAGACUGAUGUCAACGGAGAAGGAGAAGUUACUCAAAAUGGAGAAAAUUCUGGCCAAUAGUGUCGUUGGCCAACCUGACGCUGCGAAGGCUGUGGCUAAUGCCAUCAGGUUGUCGAGAAGUGGGUUGGCAAGCGCAAACCGGCCAAUCGCUAGCUUUUUGAUGGCUGGGCCUUCCGGCACGGGCAAGACGUUGAUGAGUAAAACGCUUGCAACCAUUCUCUUUGAUUCCCCAGAUGCCAUGAUACGCAUCGAUGGAUCUGAGUACUCGGAAAAACAUUCCAUUGCACGUUUGAUCGGUGCGCCUCCCGGGUAUGUCGGCCACGACGCAGGUGGUCAGCUUACGGAAUACGUUCGCCGCAAACCAUAUUGUAUUGUGCUUAUCGAUGAAAUCGAGAAGGCAUCUAGGGAAUUUGUGACGUUGUUCUUGCAAGUCCUCGAUGAUGGCCGCCUUACGGAUGGCCAGGGUCGGGUAGUAGACUUCCGGAAUACAGUCAUCAUCAUGACCUCGAAUCUCGGUGCUGCUUAUCUCAACGACAUGUCGGAAGGGAGAGUGGACUUCAACACACGCCAAUUAGUCAUGGGUGCGAUCCAGGCCCACUUCCCUCCGGAAUUUGUUAAUCGCAUUGACGAGAUUAUCAUCUUCCACACACUGUCAAGGGAUAAUGUUCUCAAAAUUGUCGACUUGCGUCUCAAAGAGGUGGAAGACCGACUUUCAGAUCGAAAAAUCACCCUCGAUGUUGAACCCGAGGCAAAGCAGUACCUUGUUUCCGUUGGUUAUAAUCCAGCUUUCGGUGCUCGCCCGUUGAACCGGGCGAUUCAGAGCGAACUUUUGAACCCACUGUCGGUCCUCCUCCUUUCUGGGCAGAUACAAGACAACGAAACUGUUCAUGUCAAGUUCGACGGCCCCGGAAACAGGUUAGUCAUCAUACCGAAUCACCCAGAAAAAGGGGUGGAAGGUAUGGAUUUGGACGGAUUGGAUGAUGAUAUUGAGAUUGAAGAGAUUGACUGAAGGAGGUUCCAUGUACUCAUCGUUUGUUGCAACACAUUGUAUCGUUAGCGAGCACACAACUUGUAAUUAUGUAAUCAUACCUGUGAAGUGUUUGCGAGGUUUUCCGUUCGUCGA